AUGGCUUCGAUUCUUCUACCGAAACGCUUCCGUGGCGAGACCGCCCCUACAGAGAAAACUACACCGUCUUGGGCGUCCAAGCGACUCACGCCCAUCGCCCAGUUCAUCUCCCGUAUCGCAACCUCUCACCCCAUCCACACCGUCGUCCUCGUCGCCGUCCUUGCGAGCACUUCAUACGUCGGUCUGCUACAAGAGAGCUUCUUCAGCACUGAUGUCCCUACUGUUGGCAAGGCCGAUUGGUCUUCCCUCGUAGAGGGCAGCCGUGUUCUGCGCGCGGGUCCUGAAACUUCCUGGAACUGGAAGGCUAUCGAGCAGGACUCUAUUGUCGAGGCCGGUGCUGAUGCCGACCACCUCGCUCUCCUGACUCUUGUCUUCCCCGACACACUCUCUGCCGAGUCGUCCAGCAAUGCCCCUCGUGCCGCCCAUGUGCCUGUUCCCAAGAACCUCUCUAUUACACCUCUUCCCUCGACUGAGAACCCUUUCACCGCCUAUUCUCAAGACAGCAUCCUCGCCUACUCUCUUCCCUACGCUGAGGGUCCCGAGUUCCUUGCUGCUGCCCAGGAGAUUCCCAGCGAAGAUGCCGUCGAGACUGAGACCGAACACGGCCGCGAAAAGAAAACAUGGAUCAUGAAGGCUGCCAAGGUCAACACCCAGAACAGCGUUCUUCAAUGGGUCAACAAUGCUUGGACUGAGUUCGUUGAUCUGCUCAAGAACGCCGAGACCCUCGACAUUGUCAUCAUGUUCCUGGGUUACAUUGCCAUGCACUUGACCUUUGUUUCCCUCUUCCUCUCCAUGCGCAAGUUGGGAUCCAAGUUCUGGCUCGGUAUCUGCACUUUGUUCUCCUCUGUGUUUGCCUUCCUCUUCGGUCUUGUGGUUACCACCAAGCUGGGCGUUCCCAUCAGCGUGAUCCUUCUCUCUGAGGGUCUUCCCUUCUUGGUUGUCACCAUCGGAUUCGAGAAGAACAUUGUCCUGACCCGCGCUGUCAUGUCGCAUGCCAUUGAGCACCGCCGCCAGAUCCAGAACUCCAAGUCUGGCAAGCGAUCUCCUGAGCGCUCCAUGCAGAACGUUAUCCAGUACGCUGUUCAGUCUGCUAUCAAGGAGAAGGGCUUCGAGAUCAUGCGCGACUACGCUAUUGAGAUUGUCAUCCUUGCCAUUGGUGCUGCUUCUGGCGUUCAGGGUGGUCUCCAGCACUUCUGCUUCUUGGCUGCUUGGACUCUCUUCUUCGACUUCAUUCUCCUCUUUACCUUCUACACCGCCAUUCUCAGCAUCAAGCUUGAGAUCAACCGCAUCAAGCGUCACGUUGACAUGCGCAUGGCCCUUGAGGAUGAUGGUGUCAGCCGCCGAGUUGCUGAGAAUGUCGCAAAGAGUGACGGUGAUUGGACACGCGUGAAGGGCGAUUCUUCCAUUUUCGGUCGCAAGAGCAGCAGCAUUCCCACCUUCAAGGUCCUGAUGAUCCUCGGUUUCAUCUUUGUCAACAUUGUCAACAUCUGCUCAAUCCCAUUCCGCAACCCCAGCUCUCUGUCUACCAUUCGAACUUGGGCCAGCAGCCUGGGUGGUGUUGUUGCUCCUCUCUCUGUUGACCCCUUCAAGGUUGCUUCCAACGGUUUGGACGCUAUCCUGGCUACAGCAAAGGCCAACAACCGACCUACCCUGGUUACCGUUCUCACUCCCAUCAAGUACGAGCUCGAGUACCCUUCUAUUCACUACGCUCUUGGCUCUGCCGUCGACGUUAACCACCCCGCUUACGUCGAUGCUUUCCACCACCAUUUCCAGGGAUACGGCGUCGGUGGCCGCAUGGUUGGCGGUAUUCUCAAGUCCCUUGAGGACCCCGUCCUCUCCAAGUGGAUCGUCAUUGCUCUCGCUCUGAGUGUUGCUCUGAACGGUUACCUCUUUAACGUCGCCCGCUGGGGUAUCAAGGACCCCAAUGUUCCCGAGCACAACAUCGACCGAAACGAGCUCGCUCGUGCUCAGCAGUUCAACGACACUGGUUCCGCUACUCUUCCCCUCGGCGAAUACGUUCCUCCCACUCCUAUGCGUACUCGACCUACGACCCCCGCCAUCACCGAUGAUGAGUCCGACAGUCUUCACAUGACCAAGGCUCGCUCUGCCGACCUUCCCAACCGAAGCAACGAGGAGCUCGAGAAGCUUUUGGCCGAGAAGCGAGUUAAGGAGAUGAGCGAUGAGGAAGUUGUCUCCCUGUCUAUGCGUGGAAAGAUUCCCGGUUAUGCUCUUGAGAAGACUCUUGGUGACUUCACCCGCGCUGUCAAGGUCCGACGUACUAUCAUCGCUCGCAACAAGGCUACCACCGACCUGACCCACUCCCUCGACCGAUCCAAGCUACCUUACGAGAACUACAACUGGGAGCGUGUCUUUGGUGCCUGCUGUGAGAACGUUAUUGGAUACUUGCCCCUGCCUGUCGGUGUUGCUGGUCCUCUUGUUAUCGAUGGCCAGAGCUACUUCAUCCCCAUGGCUACUACUGAGGGUGUCUUGGUUGCCAGUGCCAGUCGAGGUUGCAAGGCCAUCAACUCUGGUGGCGGUGCCGUUACUGUUCUUACUGCCGAUGGUAUGACCCGUGGUCCUUGUGUUGCUUUCGAGACUCUUGAGCGUGCUGGUGCUGCCAAGCUUUGGCUUGACUCUGAGGCUGGUCAGGACAUGAUGAAGAAGGCUUUCAACUCUACCUCUCGAUUCGCUCGUCUCCAGUCCAUGAAGACUGCUCUUGCUGGUACCAACCUCUAUAUCCGAUUCAAGACCACUACCGGUGACGCUAUGGGAAUGAACAUGAUCUCCAAGGGUGUCGAGCACGCCCUCAGCGUUAUGUCUAACGAGGGCGGUUUUGAGGACAUGCAAAUUGUCUCUGUUUCUGGAAACUACUGUACCGAUAAGAAGGCCGCCGCUCUCAACUGGAUUGACGGUCGUGGUAAGGGUAUUGUCGCCGAGGCCAUCAUUCCUGGCGAGGUUGUCCGCAGUGUUCUUAAGAGCGAUGUUGAUGCCCUUGUCGAGCUUAACGUUGCCAAGAACUUGAUCGGUUCCGCUAUGGCUGGUUCAGUCGGUGGAUUCAACGCCCACGCUGCCAACAUUGUCGCUGCUAUCUUCCUUGCCACUGGUCAGGACCCUGCUCAGGUUGUCGAGAGUGCCAACUGUAUCACCAUCAUGAAGAACCUCAAAGGUGCUCUCCAAAUCUCCGUCUCUAUGCCCUCUCUUGAGGUCGGAACCCUUGGUGGUGGCACAAUUCUCGAGCCUCAAAGCGCCAUGCUUGAUAUGCUUGGUGUUCGCGGUUCUCACCCCACUAACCCUGGUGACAACGCCCGCCGUCUUGCUCGUAUUAUUGGUGCCGCUGUUCUUGCUGGAGAACUCUCUCUUUGCAGUGCUCUGGCUGCCGGUCACCUUGUUAAGGCUCACAUGCAGCACAACCGAAGUGCUGCACCCUCUCGCAGCACAACCCCUGCUCCUGCUCCCUCUCCUAUGACUCCCGUCUCUCUGGCCAUGACCAACUCUCAGGAGCGUUCGGCGUCAACAACAUCAAUGAGCGCCGCUGCCAUUCAGAGAUCAAAGCGAUAA